AUGAAUGCGGAUUACCGCCAUGUUCUUGACAACUGCGAGGAAGCGUACGUUGCGUGGACACGUCUGAAGACGCUGUACGGUGGGUCGCAGAGGGCAGGACGCAUAUUCCUCAAGCGACAACUUUUCAGCAUCAAGAUGGCUGAAGGCGCGAACGUCAUGCAUCACUGCAACGAGGUCCUGAACAUCUCUGCCAAGCUUCGCGGCAUAGGUGCGAAGAUGGAAGACGAAGACGUUGCAAUCUGUCUGCUGCUUGGUCUUCCAAAGAGCUACGAAAAUGUGGUGCUCAACAUGGAAAUGAGCAGCGCCGAGCUUCGUACCCAGGAUGUGGCUGAAGAUGCAAGCAAGGCAUUCAGCACCGAGCGUGAGCCCUACCAAUGCACGUACUGUGGUAAGGUGGUAAACACGGUGGAUCGUAGCUGGACAAAGCAGAAGAACGAAGAUCGAGGAGCCCGACGCGGCGGCAAUGGUGAUGGCUACGAUCGAGUGGCGUUUGCAGUCUCGUUCGAAUGUGGAGUUUCGACGAGCAAGGACGUGUCUGGAUUGUGGGCUGUCGACAAUGGUGCAACGCACCACAUCUGCCACGACAAGACCGAGAUUGCAAGUUUGUCAGAGCGCAAUGAGGGCGAAUUAUUGGUGGCUGAUGGCAACAAGGUGGCCAUCAAGGGCGUACGAACUAUCAUGGAAAAGGUGGUUCUGACCAACGGUGAAUAG